GGGAAAACACCCGCCGGCACGUAGCCGGAUGCUAAUCCCUUGCCCGCUGGGCUGGAUGUGGCCCCGAGCUGCGGGAGCAGGGCUGAUGCAGGGGGCUGAGUCCGGCUUCGCGGUUGGGACUGGGGAGCAGGAGCAGCGGGUGAAGGGUGUCCGAAUUGAGAGUGCUGUCGGGGUUUUUCGGUUGUUCCUAUGCUGAGGAGCCGCUGCUGAAUGUGCUGCUUCUUUUUCGGCCCCGUGGAUUUCGUGGUCUGCUUUAGAUCCUCCUGCGGCCGUGCCGGGCACGGCUCUGCUGCGGCAGAGAAGACGGGGAAGGUGCUGGGGGAGUUUUGCCGGUGCUACAAGGAGCAGUAUGGCGUAGCGCUCUUCAACAGCGUCCGCUAUGAGAUCGAGGGCAAUGGAGGGCCGCAGGCCCAGCUGCUCCACCGCAAGGUCCCGCUGGAGGACCACGUCAUCUACUCGGGCAACCUCUUCCAGUACAUCGAGGAGAACAAGAAGUGGAGGAACCGCUUCUGCGUGGUCCCGCACAACUAUGGCUUGGUCCUCUACGAGAACAAACUGGCCUAUGAGCGAGACCUGUCACCACGCGUGCUGGUCAACAGUGCAGGCUACAAGAUCCUCACCUCCGUGGACCAGUACCUGGAGCUGGUGAACAGCAGCCUGCCUGGCGUGACGCCCAAAUCGGGGCACUCCCCCAUCCUGAAGUGCCCCACGGAUUUCCCCCUCAUCCUCUGGCACCCCUACGCCCGGCAUUAUUACUUCUGCGUGAUGACGGGCAAGGAGCAGGAGAAGUGGCGGGCAGUUUUCCAGGACUGCGUCCGGCACUGCAACAACGGGAUCUCUGAGGACUCCAAAGUGGAGGCUCCAGCCUUCACAGACGCUGUCCGCAUGUACCGCCAGUCGAAGGAGCAGUACGGCACCUGGGACAUGCUGUGCGGCAACGAAAUCCAGGUCCUGAGCAACCUGGUGAUGGAGGAGCUGCUCCCCGAGCUGAGGACCACCAUCGGCCCCCGGCUGAAGGGCAAGGCUCAGGAGCGCCAGCGGACUUGGAUCCAGAUCUCGGAUGCCGUCUAUAGGAUGGUCUAUGAGCAGACCAAGGCCCAGUACGAUGCAGUGAUGGCCAAGUGCGAACAGGAGCGGCCCCAGAUGGAAAGCACCAUCCGCACAGACAUGGACCAGAUCAUCACUUCAAAGGAGCACUUGGCCAGCAAAAUCCGAGCCUUUGUCCUCCCCAAAGCGGAGGUCUGCGUCCGUAACCACGUCCAGCCCUACAUCUCCUCCAUCCUGGAGGCCCUGAUGACCCCCACGAGCCAGGGCUUUGCCGAGGUGCGGGAGGUGUUCUUCAAGGAGGUGACGGACAUGAACAUGAACAUCGUCAAUGAAGGUGGCCUGGAGAAGCUGGUGGAGUACAUGGAGAAGCUUUCCCACCUGGCCUUCCACCCAGUGAAGAUGCAGUCAUGCUACGAGAAGAUGGACCAGCUGAAACUGGAGGGUCUUCAGCAGCGGUUUGAUGUCUCCAGCACGUCUGUCUUCAAGCAGCGGGCCCAGAUCCACAUGAGACAGCAAAUGGACGACGCCGUGUACACAUUUGAGACGCUGCUCCAUCAGGAGCUGGGGAAGCUGCAGGGCAAAGACGACUUGUGCAAGUCCAUCCAGCGCAUCCUCGAGAGGGUGCUCAAGAAAUACGACUACGACAGCAGCACCGUGCGGAAGAAGUUCUUCAGGGAGGCCCUGCUGCAGAUCACCAUCCCCUUCCUGCUGAAAAAGCUGGCACCGACCUGCAAGGGGGAGUUAGCCAAAUUUCAGGAGCUGAUCUUUGAGGACUUCUCCAGCUUCAUCCUAGUGGAGAACACCUACGAGGAGGUCGUGCUACAGUCAGUGAUGAAAGACAUCAUGCAAGCCGUGAAGGAAGCAGCCGUGCAGCGGAAGCACAACCUGUACCGCGACAGCAUGGUCAUGCACAACAGCGAUCCCAACCUGCACCUCCUGGGCGAGGGCAUGCCCAUCGACUGGGGCGAGGAGUACAGCGGGCAGCCUGAGGCCGAGCUGGCCGCCGACAAGCGCCGCAGGGCCAAGCAAGUGGUGUCGGUGAUCCAAGACGACGAGGGGGUGCUGCCCUACGAGGUGGGCGCUGAGGCGCUGCUGCAGCCCGGCUCCCCGGAGCCACGGGAGCCGGAGGAGCCGGACCGUGGGGCAGCGCCCAGCUCCCCAGCUGGGGUGGAGGAGAUCCGGGAGGCGCUGGCGAAGGAGAGCCUCGGGGACGGCGUCAAGGCGGAGGAGCGGCUGACAAACGGUACCGACGCCACACGGGAGAGCGGUGCCACCGAGGAGGGGGUGGUGGCGGCAGGGUCUGUCCCCGGUGGUGUCCCCCCGCAAGGUCCAACCAGCGAGGGGGCCGGGGUGCGCUGCACCACAGCGGUAUCGCCUGCGCCUGGAGCUGAAGUCCCAUCAGAGGCUGGUGUGCAACGCGCUGCACCGGCAUCACCCGUGCCAGCAUCACCCGUGCCCAGAGCCGAUGUCCCAUCAGGGGCCAGCGUGCAACACGCUGUGCCAGCGUCACCCAAACCCGGAGCCGAUGUCCCAUCAGAGCCUGAGGUGCCCCACGCUGCACCAGCAUCACCCGCACCCGGAGCCGAGACUCCAUCACCAUCCGCCGGGACAGCUUGCCACCAGCCGAGUGACAAGGAGACGGGCGAGGAAGUGGCCCCCCCGAGCGGCGAGUGCAGCCCCCCGCAGCCCACGGGCACGACAGAAAGCAGCGAGGGGGUGCAGACUGAAUUCUAGCCCCGGGCCCCCCCUCCACUGCGGACUGGCCCCAGUGAUGCCGGGGGUUGGGGUAGGGGGAAUAGGACCUGCUGCGCUGCCGGGGAUGGAGAGCGGCGCUGCGGGAGAGGGAGGGGAUGGGAAACACCAAGACCUUAUUGCCUAGCUGGGGGAUCCCCGCUGCUGCGCGGGGCUGGCCACAACCAAGUGGUCCUACUGGGUCAGACUGGGGGAGGCCGCCGGCCUGGCACAGGGCACCCCCGGCACUCUGCUCUGUCCUUCUUCUGCCUUAUUUUCUUCUUUUCUACUGAAGAGAUGCUUUAGCUGCCCCCAGCAUGAGUGCCCGGGCUGGCUCGGGGGGGGCUGGCACUAGCCCUGCUGUGGGUGGGUGUGCGGGAUGCUCCCGGCUGCCCCGGGGCUCAUCCCCUGCCCCGGCCCGGGGGGGUUCCUGGGAGCCUGCCCACCGCCACCCCACCCAGCUGGCUCCAGGAGUGCCGGGGGGAGCGGGGACCCCGGGGGGCGAUGGAAAACGGGACGGCGGCCAGCGGCACGGCAGGGAUACAGCGGCACUUGACCCGCUGCCGAUGGGGCGAGCGCUGGGGCAGGUGUGGGCGCACAGCACCCACGGCCACCCCUCACCCUGGGGUCUUCUAGCAGCUGUUCAAGUUCAAAGUCAGAACUUAGAGGGGAAGGUGGCACUCACACGACGUCUCCAGCUUUGCCAGGCAGGGCUGGGCCGCCUCCGGGCUCAGGCUCCCCCGUGGCGCAGGGAUCCCGGCUUUUGCCCUCCGGAGCUCCCCGGCACCGUGCGCGGACGGUUUCUCCGUCUCUUGGGCUUUGCAAGUUUUGGCACCUGUGGUGACGGUCAAGCAAAGAGCUGGCACCCCCAGCAGCCCUGCCUGCCCUGGGGAGGGGGACGGCACUGGCGCAGCCCCCACUGAGAGAUGCUAAAAGCCCCUGAGCUGGUGGGGGCUAGCAGGACUCGUGAGCACGAGACGCGUGUGUGUGUGCGUGUGUGCGUGUGUACACAGAGCAGGGACCAGCACCCCCACACUCACCCGUAUUUUAGGUGCCGCUGUUUCUGCCUCUGAAGGGGGGUGCCCAGCCUAACCCACUCGGGGAGGCCCCCCAAAGUGCCUUGCUUUGGGAACUUAAAACCUGUCUCUUCCAGAAUAUUUUAUUAAGAAAGUUAUACAAAUGUUUAAAAAUAUGCUUAUAAUAAUUAAUAAAAUGGAAAAGCUUUAUUUAAA